CUGCAACCCGGUCUGGAUGCCUGCAGACAACGAACGGGCCCUGUUCUUGGCUGGCUGUGGCGAGAGAUAAAUAGAUCCUCGCGCCUGCCCGUUGACCUCCUCCGUGGGUAAUCUCCAGGGCUCCACCAUGGCUGGUUUCUAGACCGACUAACAGCCUUAGUCUCCGCCUCCUGCUCCUCCUCGGCUGCUCCUCUCCUGCCUCUCCUGUUCCCUUCUCUUCUGCCAUAGUGGAUUCCUCUCCGGUUCUUGCAUCCUAAUUCCUCUCCGCUCAGUCGGAGGAGCGGUCAGCCGGCAUGUUGGACCCUUUCCCCCCUCCGCCAGCUUGGCUGCGAGAAUUCGUUGAGCCAUGGGCGCUUUAUCUCAACGUUCCCGCCCUGACCGAACAUGCUCACGAGGUCGUCAUUGCUUUUGUCGGCUACCUGUUCAUCCACUUUAUCCUCUCCCCCGUCCUGUCUCCGGUGCUCUUCCCCCGUUACUACCCACAACUCAAACCGCGGACCAAGCUCAACUGGGAUGUUCAUGUUGUCUCGUUGGUGCAGAGCACCUUCAUCAACGGCAUGGCCCUAUGGGUCAUGUUUGCGGAUGACGAGCGGAACUCCAUGAACACCGGUGAGCGUAUCUAUGGAUAUACCGGAGCCUGUGGACUGGUGUCCGCCUUCGCGGCCGGAUAUUUUGUGUACGAUCUGAUCGUCAGCACUAUCUACGUCAAGCUCUUCGGGAUCGGAAUGUUGUUCCAUGGCAUUAGCGCCCUGUGGGUGUUCAGUUUCGGAUUUAGGCCAUUCGUGAACUUCUACUCUCCCGUCUUCAUCCUCUACGAGCUCUCCAGCCCGUUCCUCAAUAUCCACUGGUUCCUCGACAAGGUCAACUUGACUGGCAGCAAGAUUCAAUGGUACAACGGCAUGCUUCUGCUCUUCACCUUCUUCAGCUGCCGUCUCGUCUGGGGCACCUACCAGUCCCUGGCCGUCUACCGGGACAUGUGGUACGCUCUGAAGCAGACCUGGGAUGCCACCGAAGCUGCCACGCCCCUCAGCCCUGUCGACAUCACCGCACAAGUCUUCCAAGUCCGUGACGGCUCCGCAGCCGGCCUCGAGAUGUCCAAGUACGCCCCCUACACCGCUGGUGGCGUUCCCACCUGGCUGGUCCUGACCUACGUGAUCUCCAACCUGGUCCUCAACUUCUUGAACUACUUCUGGUUCUCCAAGAUGGUCGAGACCGUCCUGAAGCGGUUCCGCGGGCCCGCCGAAAAGGCCGGCAAGGCGUCGAAGGAGGAGAAAAUCCACCAUCUGCAGGAGGAUAUCGCGCAGAAGGUCGUCCUCGAAGCCGCCUCCAAAUUGGAGCAGGAGGAGGGUAGCCCCUUCCUUGACGGUGUCUCUGAAGAAAAAGUCACCUCGGCGAUUGACUCGGGACUUACCGAGGAGCUGAGAAAGAGGAAAGCCAAGUUGUCCUCUUAAACUUUUACCUGGUUCUUAGGACCAUCAAGGAGCCACCGCGCUCGUACACAAAGCCGAAGCUGAAGCAACAAAGGAGAAACCCCUUUUGCCAUCAAACCCACCAUUAGAAAUGCACGUUCCCUCACGAGAACACCCCUCCAUUCCACUUGCUUGCUUGAAUUCUCUGUUCCCCUCCCACUGUCCAACACCGACCAGAUUAGCACGCAUGCAUAUCAAGGGUAUAUUUAUAUAAACGUGACGUUCCUGAUUCUGAACCCCGCAUGUUUUGUUUCUGUCCGACGAGGAGUUAAUCUGGUCAGGAGACCCGGUUCGUUUUGUUUGGUUUGUUUUUCUUAGUUACUUGCUCAUCAGGUUGCUAUCUAUCUCUCUAGAUCUCACCAGUAUUAGGAAAAUAAACGAGACACGGCAGUUAUCAGUUACUAGUUACUACUACAUACGGUGUGUAUGGUCAAG